AUGCUAAAGGAUUUGAUUGAUGAAGAUGAGUUUUGUAGGAAGCUUAGAAUAGCCUCCGAGAAUGAUGCUGAAGAUGGAUUUUAUAUGAUAUUUUAUAAACUUCUUAUGGAUCCGUCGCAACAGCUCCUGGACAGUCUUUUAUCAAGCUAUCCUGUACAAGAUGUAGUGAAUGGUUUAAAACAUCUUAUAAAGUUCAAGCUUUACAGACUUACUAAUGACGUUUCUGGCAACCUGAUCAAUAUUGUUGGCAUGAUGCUGGCCUAUGAAGAUAAUGUGGAUACAUUGGUUGUGAAUCUGCUGCGACAUCAUUUGAUAGAAGAGGUUUUUUCGAUGUAUAAGGUUCAUCCAAAGUACUUUGCUGGUCAUCCCGUGUCUCUAAUGUUUCUGACGUUUUUUUGUACGCAAAGCACUAUAUACCGGACGUUUUUUGAUGCAUCUGAUUUUCAAUCGAGGGAUUUUCUAUUUGUGCACAUCAAAGAGAUGAUGGAAGAUCAAGGUUCUGAGGCUUACAUAGGUAAGAGAUUCAAGAAGAAUGCCUACAGGCACGACUUAGACCACCCAUCCUUUCCGUUUAUAGAUUAUUUUUGUUCAAAAAGACUUCUCCAUGUAUUAUUUACAGCCACACCAUUUAAUAUGCUUUCUUCUCAGCUUUCUGUGGAGCUCGAGAUGAACAUAAUGUUUGUUCUUGAGAAUGUGCAUGGCAUUAAUUUUGAUUUUUAUAUGAAUCUGCUUUUUAAGGAUUACAUAGGCAGUGAAAAAGAAGCAUGCAGAGUUUUGAGAUUUAUUGCAAACAUUCCGUGUGCAUUAAGCAUAUCUAAUGUAGCUGACAGUAUAUUGAAGAGAUAUCCAUCGUCUUUUGUUGCAUUGAUAUAUGACUUGAUGUUUUGGAACAGCAGAGACAAGAUCAACCAAAACCUGGCAGAUUACCUGAAAGGGGUUGGCAACGAAUGCAUGCGAAUGGCAAAUCCUUUGCUAAAUGAAUGGCAAUCUCUGAGAUAUGCGAUUGACACUAUUCAUAGGAGGCAUCAGCCGACUAAAGAAUCGAUAUGUAGGAUGAUACACGGGCUCGAGUUUGAUAGGUAUUACGAAAUGGUCCGAGAAAUGAGAAGAAGCAGCAUACCUAUUAUACCAAUUGAAAUGUAUGAUAAAAUAAUAAAAGAAUCUUUCGAGUGGGAUGGAUAUGCACAGGUUUAUUUGUGGAAAAUAUUUGGAUUCCAAAAGAUAUACUUUGGAUUGGAUGUUGGUGAUGCAGGCGACAAAGAAAGAAGCAUAGAAGCAAUAGAAGGGCUUGAAAUAGUCAAAAAUCUAUGCACAUUGAUAUAA